CUAAGGGCGGGGGUGCGUGAAGGUGUAAGGGAUCCUGGAUAAGAGCCGCAAGAGCUCGGCUCCGCUGACCUUGCUGCGCCGCGCCGGCAACCGGGAUGGAGAGUAGGUGCUACGGCUGCGCUGUCAAGUUCACUCUCUUCAGGAAGGAGUACGGCUGUAAGAACUGUGGCCGGGCCUUCUGUUCCGGCUGCCUUAGCUUCAGUGCAGCGGUUCCCCGGGCUGGAAACACCCAACAGAAAGUCUGCAAGCAGUGCCAUGAGGUUCUGACCAGAGGAUCUUCUCCUGCCAAUGCCUCCAAGUGGUCACCACCUCAGAAUUAUAAGAAGCGUGUGGCAGCCUUGGAAGCCAAGCAGAAGCCCAACAUUCCCCAGAGCCAUGGACUGACCCAGCAAGACCAAGUCAUUGCUGAGCGCCUAGCACGGCUUCGCCAGGAGAACAAGCCCAAGUCAGUGCCCUCGCAGGCGGAGAUAGAAGCCAGGCUAGUUGCACUGAGGGAUGCACCUCAGGGUUCCAUCCCUUCCACCCAGGAGAUGGAGGCACGGCUUGCUGCACUGCAGGGCAGAGUUCCACCUUCUCAGACCCCCCAGCUGGCACAUCAGCCACCAGACACCAGGACCCAGGCCCGGCAGGCACAGGAUCUGUUGACAGAGCUAGCAGCGGAGGUGGCUAUUGAUGAGAGCUGGGAACAAGGAGGCCCAGCCGCCUCUAUCCAGAACGACCUCAACCAGGGGGGCCCAGGGGCCCAGAGCACCAGCUGCAAGGGACAGGCCACCUGGUCCCUGGAGGAGGAGAAGAGGAGGCUGCUGGCUGAGGCAGCAGUCGCGCUUCAGGAGGAGAACACAAGGCAGGAGCAGAUCCUGGCCCUCGCCAAGCGCCUGGCUGUGCUGCAGGGACGGGACCCCAAUAGAGUGACCCUACAGGACUACCGCCUUCCAGACAGUGAUGAUGAAGAGGAUGAGGAGACAGCCAUCCAGAGAGUCCUUCAGCAGCUCACUGAAGAAGCUGCCCUGGAUGAGGCAAGUGGCUUUAACAUCCCUGCAGAGCCAACUCUCCGACCCCAAGCCCAAUCCUGCAGGGCAGAGCCUGAGGUCCAGGCCAUGGCUGCCAGGCCUGAGGCUGAGGAAGAGGAGCUCCCCUGGUGCUGCAUCUGCAAUGAGGAUGCCACCCUGCGCUGUGCUAGCUGUGACGGAGACCUCUACUGUGUCCGCUGCUUCCGGGAAGGCCAUGAUGCCUUUGAACUUAAAGAGCACCAGACAUCUGCCUACCACCCCCAGCAUAAAAGCCGAGAGCACUGAGUCCUCCCGGGAAGGCCAUCCUACAGGCAAUCACACAAGCUGGGGCGCCCUCCAGGGCAUCUGAUGGGAGAACAUGUCAAGCUAGACUGCUUAUGAAUGCACCCUUUCCUGAGCCUCCGUCCCUGGAAGGAGGAAGGAUGCUCCAUUGGAGACGAUGACUGGAGGAGCCAGAGAGAAGGCAGAAGUCUGGGCCUGCAGCACUGAAGUCUGGACUAGGAGUGAGAGGCAUGAUGGGGAAAGACCAGCCUGAAUCCAGGGAGGAGCCUUGAAACUUGCUCAGGGGUCCAGGGCCCUCCACUGGCACUUAGAGCAUUUAAUAAAGUAUGUUGAUUCAUUGGA